UAAUGACGGAGAUGCCAAUGUUUAUGUUUACUAAGUUGGCCAUGCGAUGGAUUGUUAUGUGUUGUGUUUGAGUGUACGAGCUGUUUCACAGUCAUAGUUAAUAAUGGAUGAUAAAAUAAACUCAGCAUUUAUUUGUGCUAAAUCAUUGUCAGAAUGUAUGUAGCAGUAACUGGACAUUUGUAUGUAUGUCCCGAUGAAGGAUGUUAACGUUGUUAAGUCAAGCUCGAUUCUGGACACUGAAAGAUGAAAUAGUUAUUAAAGACACAGACUUCGGUGCUUUCAGGUAUUUAGAAAAAAAGGACGUGUCUGAUUCGCCCUACAAUGAAGGGAAGCGUUCAUUUGCGGAACAAAGAGGAAUCACAUGCGUGGUCCGAAAUAAAAGACCAAACAAGUUAAGAGAGUCAAUUAAAGAUUUAGAGGAACAUUUGAUUCAGCAUAAAGUGAUCUAUUGUCACUGGAGGGACAACAGCCUCUUGCAACUGAUUUUCAGUUCUGGGCUUAUUGCUAAAAUAUGUAUAAACAUUUUUACUGGUGACAUACUAAAAAUUUCAUUUGACAAGUAUCUUGUUGGAAAACUUCUUUCUGAGUAUAUUGCUGAUGCUAUUUUCACAAAAACGCACUUAAUUUUUUCAUACAAUGAUAACCAGGUAACACUUGUUUACUUUGUGAAACCACUAACAAACUGCAAUGUAUCAGAAAAAAUUAGUCGUUUGGAACCAAAAGUACAAAAUCUGGAGUUGGCUGGACCAUCUGGCCGGCGCUUGGAGAGAAAAUUGUCAUCUAAUGUUAAUGGAGACAUGAUACUUAUUUGGUGGCGGUGCACUCGUGAUGAAGUUUAUCCGUGGAGUCCAGUCGUUAAAGAUCAGGACAGAGCAAAUGUUCAUGUGUAUAUGGUCACUGGGACAAAAUUCGAGCUGCUGUGCUACUAUAGAACAGAAUUUGAUCCAGUCAGUGUAUCUUUCAGCUGUAUACAGCCAAAUGUCAUUCAUUCAGUAGAGCAGAAGGUGUCAAGAAAAGGCGAAGUGACAGUGGAGAGCUGCACGUACGAGAUAAGUAAAUCACGUUUACAGCGAACAGCAGUUACUUCUGUCCCUCUACAGACUCAAGUUUGCUGCCACAGUUUCAGUCCGGAUGAAGAGAAGCUUUUGCUUGGCUGUAUUGAUGGCUCCCUGGUGCUGUUUGAUGAGGGAAGAGGAGUUACACAUACAGUAAAGGCAGCAUUUAUAUCCACAACAGUAUCUUGGCAUCCUGAUGGUAUGUUAGUUGUAGUUGCCAAUGAAAGGUGCCAGCUACAGUGUUUCGACACAGCACUGGGCUGUAUCAGGAAUCAAUUGGUGAGUGAAGAUAUUACACCAUCGAGUUUGUUGGACCUCGGAUCCUACUUUAGGACUCAGCCGACUCUUCUGCACAUGGAAUGGAAUAAGAAGACAGAUGUCAGCCAAUAUGCAGAAAACUUUUGCCAGACGGAUGGGUUCCUUUUACUUCAGUUCGAAAGGGGACCACUAGCUGUUGUUCAGUUGGUUGGGGGUGGUGGCCUUAUCGGAGAUCUUCAUGGAAGUGGUCUCACUGCAGACACUAUGGUUGCAAAGUACCUGAUGUUCAAUCAGGUUGACCGGGCAAUCAAUUUGUUGCUAAGUCUCAACUGGGAUUCGUAUGGUCAGCAGUGUAUUUCUUGUCUCAACCGUAUCAUUAAUUACCUCUUCCGGCAACCACUCACACCAGAAAGAGAAGUGCAGCUUCAGACAGCUUUAGGCAGCUUUCUUUUGCCUCCACGGCCCCUUUGCCACGCUACUGAGGAGGAGUUUGGAAGCACUGUACGUGAUUUGGCAAGACGUUUCUUUCACCACCUGCUGCGCCAUCGGCUACUUGAUAAGGCUUUCAGACUGGCCAUUGACUUGGAUGAUGGUGAUCUGUUUUCUGAUAUAUGGCACUGUGCCAAAGGAAUGGGUGAGACUGUUAUAGCUGAUGCUGCCCGCGAACGUGCACGUCUGAUAUUUAGCCGCUGUAGCAGCCGGUCGAGCUCACACUCAGAUUCAUCUCAGUGUUCUCGUUCCUGUUGUUCUGGAUGCUCUGGUUGUGAUAGCCGUGAUACAACGAGUGACGACUCACCAGAACCACCACCUCAGCCGCCACCUCCUCUGCCAGUACCAAGACAGCAAGGGAGUUCAGUGAGAACACCUGGAGAGAAACCAAAAGUGAAGUUCUCUGACACUGUCACUCACAUUCUUGUGCCUGAUUCAAGACCAUCAUUGACAGAAGAGGAGGAUUUUUGCCUGAAUGUGAAACCAUCUGGCAGUGCUUUACAGUUGCAGAAAGACCACUCCAAGAGACAGCAUGUUUACAUUCCAGACACGCAGCAGGAACUUGCUGACAGUCUGCCACUGUGCCUUGGCAACAAAGACUACUUGAAAGAUUUUUCAACCAGUGCAGAUAUAUCUGAGGAAGAGGACAAUGGAAAUGGCACCAUUAAAGUUGUCCAUUUUGGUGUUGUAUAAAAAAAAAAAAAAAACUCUCAUUUGGAUUUUCAAGCCAACAUUUCAAGUGCCUUACCAGUGUGCAGUUGUAGCCAAGUAGCUUUAUGAUGUGCCUUACUCAUCUGUGUGCCAAAGUAAAUGUUUCAUUUAUUCAGUAUUUUGCACA